CUGGCCGUGUCUUCCUUCUGCUUCUUCUCUUUCUUUCUUGUGUCAAUCUCUUCUCCCUCUGACAACUUGUCAUUUCUCCCUUUCCUGCUUUCUUCUGGACAGCAGUUCUCCUUUUUUUGUACUCUGUGAGAAGAGUCCACUGUCUAUCCUUCCCUGGUUCAGUUGAACUUCUGACUAGGACAGUGAAGGAUUGUGCUUUUAUUUCUCUUGUCCAUCUCUUCUGAGCUUUAUUCUUUCCUUUCCUAGUAUUGGUAAAGAUACAGCUCAUUACACAGCUUCAUAUCGUCACAAUGGCGCGUCAUGUAGGGCGCAAUAACGCGUCCAAGCCCUUCACAGCUUGGACAACCAUAUUCUAUUUACUCCUUGUUUUCAUUGCUCCUCUGGCAUUCCUAGGCACUGCACACGCUGAAAAAGACCAAGCUCCUCUACAAGAGAACUAUGGACCUGUCGUUGGUAUUGACUUGGGAACCACAUACUCCUGUGUUGGAAUUAUGCAGAAUGGCAAGGUCGAGAUCCUUGUAAACGACCAAGGAAACCGUAUCACCCCGUCAUACGUGGCUUUUACAGAUGAGGAACGUCUGGUCGGUGACGCUGCGAAGAAUCAAUACGCAGCUAACCCGAGAAGGACCAUUUUCGACAUCAAGCGUUUGAUCGGUCGCAAGUUCGACGACAAGGACGUCCAGAAGGACAUCAAGAACUUCCCCUUCAAGGUUGCCAACAAGGAUGGCAAGCCCGUUGUCCGGGUCGACGUCAACAACACUCCCAAGGACCUGACCCCCGAGGAGGUGUCCGCCAUGGUUCUUGGAAAGAUGAAGUCGAUCGCUGAGAGCUACCUUGGAAGAGACGUUACUCAUGCCGUUGUCACCGUUCCUGCCUAUUUCAACGACGCCCAGAGACAGGCCACCAAGGAUGCCGGUACCAUCGCCGGUCUUAAUGUCCUUCGUGUCGUUAACGAACCUACUGCCGCCGCUAUCGCAUAUGGACUUGACAAGACCGGUGAUGAGCGCCAGGUCAUCGUCUAUGACCUUGGCGGUGGUACCUUCGAUGUCUCUCUUCUCUCAAUUGAUAAUGGUUUCUUCGAGGUUUUGGCUACUGCCGGUGACACUCACCUGGGUGGUGAAGACUUUGACCACCGUGUCAUGGACUACUUCGUUAAGCUCUACAACAAGAAGAAUGACGUCGAUAUCACCAAGUCUCCUAAGACUAUGGGUAAGCUGAAACGUGAGGUCGAAAAGGCCAAGCGAACUUUGUCUUCCCAGAUGUCCACUCGCAUUGAAAUCGAAGCCUUCCACGAAGGCAAUGAUUUCUCUGAGACCUUGACUCGUGCCAAGUUUGAAGAGCUGAACAUGGAUUUGUUCAAGAAGACCCUGAAGCCUGUUGAGCAGGUCCUCAGGGAUGCCAAAGUCAAGAAGUCUGAAAUCAAUGACAUUGUUCUUGUUGGUGGCUCUACCCGUAUCCCCAAGGUCCAGGCUCUUCUGGAGGAGUUCUUUGGUGGCAAGAAGGCUAGCAAGGGUAUCAACCCCGAUGAGGCCGUCGCUUUCGGUGCUGCCGUUCAAGGUGGUGUCCUUUCUGGAGAGGAGAGUGCCAGCGGAAUCGUUCUUAUGGAUGUCAACCCCCUGACUCUCGGUAUCGAGACCACUGGCGGUGUGAUGACAAAGCUCAUCCCUCGUAACACCGUUGUCCCCACCCGUAAAUCGCAGAUCUUCUCUACCGCGGCUGAUAACCAGCCAACCGUCUUAAUCCAAGUUUAUGAGGGCGAACGUUCAUUGACCAAGGACAACAAUCUUCUCGGCAAGUUCGAGCUUACCGGUAUCCCGCCAGCACCUCGUGGUGUUCCUCAGAUUGAGGUUUCCUUUGACCUUGACGCCAACGGUAUUCUGAAGGUCCACGCCAGCGACAAGGGCACUGGCAAGGCCGAGUCUAUCACAAUCACCAACGACAAGGGUCGCCUCUCUCAGGAGGAAAUUGACCGGAUGGUGGCCGAGGCUGAGCAGUACGCUGAAGAGGAUAAGGCCGUUAAGGCCAAGAUUGAGGCCCGCAACUCGUUGGAGAACUACGCGUUCAGCCUCAAGAACCAAGUUAAUGACGAGAAUGGUCUAGGUGGUCAUAUCGAUGAAGAUGACAAGCAGACCAUCCUGGACGCGGUUAAGGAGGCGGCCGAUUGGCUGGAGGAGAACGCGGGAACCGCCACGACGGAAGACUUUGAGGAACAGAAGGAACGUCUUUCCAACGUCGCGUACCCGAUUACCAGCAAGCUUUACGGCGGCGCUGCUCCUCCGGAGGAUGAAGAUAGCGAGCCUAGCGGACAUGACGAAUUGUAAGAUAUUGACUUAGAUUGGGUUCUUACGGAGUUUGUGACAUUAGUUUUCUGUGAUUUGCAAAAUUCUAUGACAUUGGGAGCGGCAAUGGCUGCCCAUAUUGUGUUCUUUCAUGGGCAUUAAGGAAAUAGUAUGAUACCUUGAGAUUUGAAGUUUCUGGACGAUAAAUUAAUGUCUAUCUUUUCA